AUGUUUUCUGCUCUGCUCCUUUCAAAUAUCUUGCUUUUCCAAGCCGCUACCUCCAAAGCUGACAAUGCCACUGGCUCAAUGCGCUCGGUAUCGUGGUAUGCUGGAUGGCACUCCGCCGACUUUCCCCUGAGCCAAGUUAGUUGGUCAAAGUACACGCAGUUGACUUAUGCUUUCGCAACAACAACCCCAGAUGUACGAACACUAUCUUUGCAAGAUUCAGAUUCAGAGCUAUUGCCUCAAUUCGUUCAAAUGGCUCAUCAGAAUAAUGUUACUGCUUCAAUCUCAAUUGGGGGUUGGGGUGGCUCGCAGUAUUUUUCGACAAACGUUGGCUCGGCUGCGAACCGUACCGCCUUCGUCAAAACCGUGGCUGGGUUGGCUACUCAAUAUGAUCUUGAUGGUUUAGAUUUUGAUUGGGAAUAUCCAAACCGUCAAGGAAUUGGCUGUAAUACCAUCAACAACAACGAUACCUCAAACUUUCUUUCCUUCCUUCAAGAACUUCGGCAAGAUUCCACUGGAUCGAAGUUGGUUCUGUCGGCAGCCACGUCCCUGCUUCCGUGGAAUGACACUUCUGGUGCUCCUUCCAAAAACGUCUCCGAAUUCAGCAAAGUACUUGAUUUCAUCGCCAUCAUGAACUACGAUGUCUACAAUAUUCUCUCUCCACAUGCUGGUCCGAAUUCCCCUCUUGACGAUACAUGUGCACCGACCAACGAUCAAACGGGAUCAGCGGUUUCUUCGGUGAAGGCGUGGACGGACGCAGGCAUGCCAGCAGAUCAGAUUCUGCUCGGUGUCGCUGCGUAUGGGCAUUCGUUUGUCGUUCCAGAUAGUACUGCAUUGCAGUCCAGUUCUUCGAUAAAUGUUACGAAUGUGUAUCCAUCGUUCAACAAGAGUGCGGAGCAUCUGGGAGAUAAGUGGGAUUCGCCAGGGGGAGUCGAUGUAUGUGGAAAUUUCUCUGGACCGUCCGGGGUAUACUCGUAUUGGGGUUUAGUCGAGGCAGGGUAUGUGAACGAAGAUGGUACGCCGACGAGUGGUUUUGCUUAUCUGUUUGAUAAUUGCAGCCAAACGCCCUUCGUAUACGAUAAAUCCAAUCAGACGUGGGUCUCGUACGACAACGUACAAUCUUUCGCACUGAAAGGCGAAUUCAUAAAAAAUAAUGGAUUAGGAGGGUUCGCGAUGUGGGAGACCGCUGGAGACUUGAAUGACACCCUGCUAGAUUCAAUCCGUAUGUGCAUUUGUGAUAUGGUCAUAAAAUGUCGUUCCCCUGACGCUUUACUGCAGGGUCAGCCAUAA